AUGUUAGCGUUAAUGAACAGGAUAUUAGACUGGUUUCGCAGUUUAUUUUGGAAAGAAGAAAUGGAAUUAACAUUAGUCGGUCUUCAAUAUUCAGGAAAAACAACAUUUGUUAAUGUUAUUGCGUCGGGGCAAUUUAGUGAAGAUAUGAUACCAACGGUGGGUUUCAAUAUGAGAAAAAUCACAAAGGGUAAUGUAACAAUUAAAGUUUGGGAUAUUGGUGGACAACCAAGAUUUAGAUCAAUGUGGGAACGUUAUUGUAGAGGUGUAAAUGCUAUUGUCUACAUGGUAGAUGCAGCUGAUCCUGACAAAAUAGAAGCCUCCAGAAAUGAACUUCACAAUUUACUGGAUAAACCUCAGUUAGCAGGGAUACCUGUCCUGGUGCUUGGUAAUAAGCGAGACAAACCUCAAGCUUUAGAUGAAAAUGGCCUUAUUGAACGAAUGAAUCUCUCUGCAAUUCAGGACCGUGAAAUUUGUUGUUAUUCAAUUUCAUGUAAGGAAAAGGAUAACAUUGAUAUAACCCUUCAGUGGUUAAUUGCACACUCAAAGUCUGGAAUGCGCUAAGCAAAUAAAUUUGUAUGUAUCAGCUAAAUAUUAAUCAUCAAAGUAAUCAUAUUUUUGAAUUUUAUAAUUGUGUCUUGGAGAAAUUUUAAGCUAUUAUAGUUUUAGGUUUUUUAUUAUUGCCAAAUACGUGGUAUAUCUAUGAGCUUCUGUCAGUUUAUUUUAUUUUGCUACGUAAAUAAACGAAGUCAGUCUAAACAGCUCAACUUUUUAAAAGAGGCAGUAAUUCAGUGACUGAACCAUAAUGAAAGGAAUUAUAAAUUUUAACCGCAAAAUAAUUAUCAUAAGCGUUUAGCACACUAUAGAUAGUGACAUUCAUUUAAUUCAAAAGAUUACAUACAGAUGCCUUCGAUAAAAUUAUUGUAUUUAAAAAAAAAUGUAAUAAACCAAUAUUUCCUUAGGAUUAGUUUUUUGUGCGUUUCGGAUUCCAUAAUUCUUUUUAUAGAGAACUGCAGAAUUAAUAUAAAACUGUUAAAGGCAGUUUGAAUACAAAAAUUAUUUUGAGGUUAUGAAAAUAAUUCCAUGUCAUAGAAACUGUGUAUGAUAUUGCAGACAUUUUUGGCUAAAGCAAAUAGAAUUAUUCUAAAAAUAAUAGUAGUGCGGCGCCAAAAUCUAGCUAAAUUAAAUAUUUUUUUAUUGCAAAAACGAAAAGGUUUGUACAGUCAUACAGAAUACAUUUACUCAAUAUAUCCCCCCACAUACUUCAAUAACCGCCUUCAAUCUCGGACUGAAGCAUUUGCAGGCCCGCUUUAAUGUGUUACGGUUCAUAUCGGCGUAUACCGUUUCAGUAGCAGCUUUUAAUGGUGCGACGUUUGGAUGUCUGGACUUUUCGGUGACCCUUUCAACCAGCCUCCAUACAUACAAGCCCAAAGACAAUUUUGCACCAAACGACUCGUGUGGGCGGGCGCACCAUCUUGCUGGAAAACAUACAGCUUUCUAGACAACAGUACAUUUGCCAGAAUACGCAAGUAAACUUCUUUUGUUAUGCCGAGGCAUAACAUCGCAUUCAUUAGACAAAACACUUAACUUGUGAACAUUUGCCAGAAAUUUUGUUCUGGAAACAACAGGGACAUAUUCAGGGUAGUGGGCAAACCAGCUGUCAUUCCUUCGAUUGAAUAUACUUAGCCGUGAUAUCAAACAGUCAAUCCUGGGGACCCAACAAACCGAAUCUCUGUCGCCGAACAUCCAGUGCGAGCACUUUCGAAAUUGUGGUUCUUCAGUUAUAUUUUGCGCUUGGUUUCAAUAUUGAGCCUAUUUUGAGGUUAUGACUAUUUAGUACAUACUUUAACUGUUUCGACGCCAAUCGCGACCUCUAUGUAUAUCUGAAAUAUAACGACGGGAAUUUCAAAUUAAAUUUUGUCCCGAUUUUGGUGUGCGCCCUGUACAUAAAUGUAUAUGAACUUCAAUAACAGUGUCUAUAAUAAAGUUUUACAACCGGAUUCAUGAAAGAGGCGUAAGGCGUUAGUCGGACUAAGGAAUUUUGCGCCCGUGUAAACCUAUUCACGAAAAAAUGCGCUAUCCUUGCGGUAAUAGUUACGCCAAAAUUUAGACCUACAUAACAUGCAUAAAAAUCGUGCAACUUAAGUUGCAGUUUAUUAAGUUUAUUGCAUUUUAUUUUUUUAUAAGUAAUCCCAGUGCUUAAUAAUAAUAGUUUAAUCACAAGACAAGAUUUUUAUGCAUGUUAUGUAGGUCUAAAUUUUGGCGUAACUAUUAGCGCAAGGAUAGCGCAUUUUUUUGUGAAUAGGUUUACACGGGCGCAAAAUUUCUUAUUCCGACUUACGCCUUACACCUCUUUCAUGAAUCCGGUUGUUAUACUUUUCCAUGGACAUGUCUCUCCACUACAUUUUAAAAAUACUGUUACAGAAUGGGUAUGACAAAUGAUUUUUAAUUUGCAUUACUUGGAACUAACUAAUACAAACGUCUUGCUAGAAUGUUAAAAUGAUAUAAUCCAAAAGCUUCAAAUAAAAUACUUAGGUGCUUCUAUUCAUAAAAAUGUAGAUAAAAAUUUCUGAUACUUUUUUAAAA